AUGCGUAUCCUGGGUGUGUUGCCAAAGAACUACCAGCAUAUCCUGGCCUUGGUGUUUGCUGUCAAGGAGAUCAAUGAGAACCCCAAGAUCUUACCUAAUAUUACAUUGGGAUUCCACAUCUAUGACAGUUACUUCAAUGAAAGGAUGACCUACACGGCUACUCUGAACCUCCCAUCCACACUUGUACCCAACUACAAGUGUGACACUCAGAAACUUCAGAUGGCAGUUAUUGGAGGACUUGACUUUGAAACCUCCCUCCUAAUGGCCAACAUCUUGAGCAUCUACAAGAUCCCCCAGUUUCCACCCCUUUCUGUGUGUAACCCAAAUUGCCCCCCUGGUACCAGCAAGAAAAAGAAGGAGGGGGAGCCAUUCUGCUGCUAUGAUUGUGUUCCUUGUCCUCAAGGCAAGAUUUCAUCCCAGAAGGAUAUGGAUGACUGUGUUGGGUGCCCCGAAGAUCACUAUCCACACAAGAACCAAUCGCAAUGCAUUCCAAAGACCAUCAGCUUCCUGUCUUUUAAAGAGCCUCUGGGGAUGAGCUUAGCAUUGAUUGCUCUUUCUCUCUUUCUCCUCACAGUGGUGGUCCUAGCCAUCUUCAUUAAACAUCAGGACACACCCAUUGUCAGAGCAAACAAUCGGGACCUCACCUACACUCUCCUCACUUUCCUCCUGCUCUGCUUCCUCUGCCCAUUGAUCUUCCUCAGUCCUCCAGAAAGAAUGGCAGCUGCUCUUCUGAUGGAGCUGGCGCUGCACAUCACUGUGUUUAUUUCUGUUGAACUGAAAAGCAGAUCUCCUAAGCUCUUGUGA